ACGUGAACUGUCGUUGUGGGGGUUUUGGCGCCUGGGACGCCGCCUGCCUGCCUGCCUGGCAUCUGGGAGCGCAGCCGAGCGCACAGCGCAGCAGACAUGGAGCUGGAGCCCGAGCCCGAGCCAGUCACGCUCCUGGUCAAGAGCCCCAACCAGCGCCACCGCGACUUGGAGCUGAGCGGCGACCGCAGCUGGAGCGUGGGCCGCCUCAAGGCUCAUCUGAGCCGCGUCUACCCCGAGCGCCCGUGCCCAGAGGACCAGAGGUUAAUUCACUCUGGGAAGCUGCUGUUGGAUCACCAGUGUCUCGGGGACUUGCUUCCCAAGCAGGAAAAACGGCAUGUUUUGCAUCUGGUGUGCAGUGUGAAGAGUCCUUCAAAGACGCCAGAAACCAGCACAAAGGUUGCUGCAUCCACAGAGCAGCCCGCUGGUCUUAAUCAGGGACAGUAUCCUGGGGAUUCCUCAAGUGAUGGUUUAAGGCAAAGGGAGGUUCUUCGGAACCCUUCUCCCUCUGGAUGGGAGAACAUCUCGAGGCCUGAAGCUGCCCAGCUGGCGUUCCAAGGCCUGGGGCCUGGUUUCUCAGGCUACACGACGUACGGGUGGCUGCAGCUCUCCUGGUUCCAGCAGAUGUACGCGCGGCAGUACUACAUGCAGUAUUUAGCGGCCACUGCUGCAUCCGGGGCUUUUGUUCCCCCGCCAAGUGCGCAAGAGAUACCUGUGGUCUCUGCACCUGCUCCAGCUCCCAUUCACAACCAGUUUCCAGCGGAAAACCAGCCAGCCAAUCAGAAUGCUGCUCCUCAAGUGGUGGUUAAUCCUGGGGCCAAUCAAAAUUUGCGGAUGAAUGCACAAGGUGGCCCUAUCGUAGAGGAAGAUGAUGAGAUAAACCGAGAUUGGUUGGAUUGGACCUAUUCAGCAGCUACGUUUUCUGUUUUUCUCAGUAUCCUCUACUUCUACUCCUCCCUGAGCAGAUUCCUCAUGGUCAUGGGAGCCACCAUGGUUAUGUACCUGCAUCACGUUGGGUGGUUUCCAUUUAGACAGAGGCCGGUUCAGAACUUCCCGAAUGGCGGGCCUCCUUAUGAAGCUGUGAAUCAGGACCCCAACAAUAACUUACAGGAAGGCCCUGAUCCUGAAAUUGAAGAUCCCAAUCACCUUCCUCCAGACAGGGACGUUGUGGAUGGCGAGCAGACCAGCCCUUCAUUUAUGAGCACAGCCUGGCUCGUCUUCAAGACUUUCUUUGCCUCUCUUCUUCCAGAAGGGCCCCCAGCCAUAGCAAACUGAUGGCGUUUGCUCUCUGGCUGCUAGAGGCUUUUCCUGGCGUGGACUGGAUCACCUGACUCCAGCUCGACUUCCUCACCUGGACAUGGCAAUGGCACAGAAUUAGUAAAAGAACCAACAAGGAGGAUGAGAUGCUUUUGUGACGAAGCAAAAGCAGAAAGUAAGACAGGAAGCCAUGAUACAAAUUGAUGAACAAAAGACGGCCAAGGCUUCCCAUGUCUUGAUUCUGAAGAGCUUUAACACAUACUGUAUGUAGUUUCAUAGGCAUUGUAAGUAGAAGGCAUUAGUGUCGCAUGUUGAUGCCUGAGGAACUUUCCAGAUGUGUGUGUCUGCAUGUGUGUUUGUACAUAGAUGUCAUAGAUGCAGAAGUGGUUCUGCUGGUUUGAUCUGAUUCCUGUUGGAAUGUUUAAAUUACACUAAGUGUACUACUUUACAUAAUCAAUGAAAUUGCUAGACGUGUUUUAGCAGGACUUUUCUAGGAAAGACUUAUGUAUAAUUGCUUUUUAAAUGCAGUGCUUUACUUUAAACCAAGGGGAACUUUGCACAGGUGGACACCUUUGCUGGGUUUUCUGUUCAAUAAAGUUUUACUAUGAAUGAUG